AUGGAGCUCCAGUUGCCUGAAAUACCGUUGUUGAGAAUCUUCUCCUUCCUGGAUGCAUUCAGCUUGCUACAGGUUUGCCAAGUGAACAAGUACUGGAAUAAGGUUGCAGAGAACGAUCACCUGUGGAGAAACCUGUGUCUGAGGAAAUGGAGCUUCCCCUGCCUCUCCAAUUUGUGCCCACAUGUGCCAACAUGGAAGCAGUUCUUCCUCAGCCAAACGAGGCAUGAGCGCCGGAUGGCAUUGGCAGAGCCUGAGGACUUUGUCUACAAGGAAGGAACUGGCAACCUUGGGAUCUUGGGACAUAUGGCUUAUCUCUCAGAAAGUUGUCAACCAAUGGGUGGACAAGAGAAGUCACUCCUUUGCACAGUGUCUUCAAAGCGCAUGCUCUAUGUCUGGGAUGUGCAGGAGGGCACCAUGAUCUGGUCAAGCCCAGUCCAGCGAUGCAGCAUCAAGUUCCUGGUGACCCUGCCGCAGCUGCGCCUCGCAUUCACUGUGGACGUGGAGGAAACUGUCAAAGUGUGGAACUGUCAGUAUCAGGACGCGCUGGCUACACUCACCAUGCCCCGGACCAGUUUUUCCCUGGAAGCCUUGCUCACAAAGGAUGGUCCGUUCCUGCUGGUAGGCGAUUCUGAAGGCGACAUCUACAUGCUGACAGUGCCCGAGUUAAGGAGUAUUUCUGUAGUUAAUGCAUUUAACCACAGUGUUGACCUUCUACAUUCCUCUCCGGACACGAAAUGGAUCUUGGCCGCCGGGAUGCACCAGCGCAUCCUGCCACAGGUAUUUCCGGCAGAGUGCUUACUGAGGCCGGCAGCAGGCAGAGCCCCCCUGUUGGUGUCUCUCCCGGUCUCGGGGUGCUGCGCAGCCUGCUGGGCCCCGAGCAGAGCGGACAGGGUAAUGCUCAUGUUCCGAAGGGCCCCUUUCAAAAAGACGGGGUUUACCACCUUCGAUGUAACAACGGAGAGGAUCGGGGACACGGCUGUCAUCCAAGCCCAUCAGGUUGCAAGCUUCAUGUUGCCAGUUCACAUGGAGAGUCCUGUUCGGAUGGGAGUCAGCGGUGGAGACGUGAUUGUCUUUGACAGUGGGCCGCAGCUGGUCCUCUUCACCAUCUCCGGCCUCCUGCUGCAGCGGUUUCACGACCACCAGUUGACCAUCUGUCACUUGUGGGUGGGUUCUCAGUAUGUCCUCACCACGUCCAUGGAUAACUACCUGCAUUUGUACAUGUGGGAAGAGAAGGGCCAUCAUCCGUACCUCAAGAGCUGUUGUUACCUGGAACACAGAAGGGGCGAUCAGAGGCCAAGCUGCUAUGUCUCCAAAGCCAUAUGUGAUAAAGCGAGCAUAGUGUGUGCGGUGUCGAGAAGCCGUGAAUCCAGUGUUCUGUUAAAGGUAAUAGGUGGCGGUGGAGUCCAAGGUAGAAGAUGA